ACUCCAAACAGCCAUGGAGUCAUUUUUCAAUUUUCGAAGUUUUGAUGAUGGCUCAAGCUACAAUUGUUCGGUGACCAAUAAAACAACAGUUAUUACCAAUGCCUACAAUGGUAUACCCGAAACAUUAAUUCUAAACGUAUCGGCCUGGGUCCUACUUAUAAUUCUAUUCACUGUGUUACGGCAUCAUGCUGGCGAUUAUGGCCGUUUGGCAUUGGUUAACAAUGGUGGCAAUCGUAAACGAUGGACUGAAAUUUUCUAUUCACGUGGUACCAGCCUCAUUGAACAACCUCACACGUCCAGUAAUGGAGCAGCAGCACACAGAGAUGAUUCGCAACCAUCAUCGAGUACCAAUGCUAAUGGGUUGGAUGAACCCCGUGGUAGUAUUACCUCACAUUCAACAGCCGACUCAACACCAUUAUCACCCAUUAGCUAUGAUCAGGGUAUAUUCUCAUGGAUAAUGAUAACACUGAAGUUGAGAAAAGAACAAGUUCUGCUGCACACAGGACCCGAUGCUGUCUACUAUCUGUCGUUUCAAAAACAUUUAAUGUUGGUUAUGGCCAUUAUAACGGCAAUUUCAUUGGUUGUCAUACUGCCGGUGAAUUUUCUCAAUGGUCCGGCGAAUAAUGUCAACGAUGUUAAUUCAUUUGCUCGCACAACAAUGUCAAAUAUACCACCCGAUUCGGCAUGGUUGUGGGUACAUGUCAUUGUUGCGAUUAUAUAUGUACCUCUGAUUGUUUUGAUAAUGCGUCGUUCUUCGGGUCGUAAUGCAUUUAAGAAAGCUGCCACACGUACCAUAAUGAUAACAAAUAUAUCACCCAAUGAUCGUAAUAAGACGGUGAUUAGGAAUUAUAUACAGGAAUUGUUUCCUGAUGUUAGCAUCGAAGAUGUCCAGGUCGCCUAUAACAUAUCGAAACUUUAUGUCCGCAAUGCUGAAUAUGAAAGGGUGUGGGAUGCAAAAAUGUAUUGUGAACAACAUCGGGAUCGUGAUAGUUUGGUGGUGCGCACACAAACGUGUUCGUGUAAAACCGAAAAUGCCUACGAAUAUUAUCAACGUGAAGAACGUGCCUUGCAUGGUGAUGUUUGCCGGCUAAGGGCUGCUGCCCUAAACGAACCACUGGGCAUUGCUUUCCUCACCGUGUCCACAGUGCAGGAAGCACAAAAUAUUGUUGCACAUUUUACACCGGGAACCUAUAGACAAUGGCAUCUAUCCUUCGCACCCUCACCUAAUGAUUUAUUUUGGGAAAAUCUUAAUGUUAGUCGUGGUCAUUGGAUGUUGAAAUGGCUCACGGUGAAUAUUAUCUUGUUUGUGACGCUAUUCUUCUUAACCACUCCCGCCAUGGUGGUUAAUCUUCUGAACAGUGUGGCUUUGGCCAGAGAUAAAAUCUUCACUCUAUCACCUUUAGUAUCGGAAUUUUUACCUACUCUUAUGCUGUGGAUUUUGUCCAUUCUGAUGCCGGUCAUUGUUGCGUUCUCCGACAAAUGGAUGAGCCAUUACACGAAGUCGAAACAGAACUAUUCCAUAAUGACGAAAUGUUUUGGUUAUUUGUUAUUUAUGAUUUUGAUAUUACCCUCAUUGGGUUUAACAUCAGCCCAAGCGCUAUUGGAAUGGUCGGUCAGCGAUGAAUCGCUACGUUGGGAAUGUUUCUUUGUACCCGAUCGCGGUUCGUUCUAUGUCAAUUAUAUUAUAACUUCGGCUUUUAUCGGUACCUCAUUGGAAUUGCUGAGAUUCCCCGAAUUGAUUGUGUACAUUUAUAUGUUGAUAACGGCCAAGUCGAAGGCGGAAACACCCUAUAUUCGUAAAUCUAUAUUGCUGGAAUUUCCCUUCGGAACCCACUACGCCUGGUCAACAUUGGUCUUUACCAUUUCCACUGUGUACAGUGUCUUCUGUCCCCUGAUUAUGCCCUUCGCCAUGGUCUAUGUGUGCUUUAAACAUUUUGUCGAUCGCUAUAAUCUCUAUUUUGCCUAUGGCCCGUCGAAUAUGAUCUCACGCAAUGGCGGUAAGAUACACUCAACCGCUGUAACAAUGACGAAAUUUUCGGUGGUGAUUUUGUUGCUAGUUAUGGCUAUGAUAUCGGCAGUCAGAGGCUCAGGCAUGGCUAGAGCCAUAAUUCUAAGUAUAACCUUAAUAAUAACUUUGACCUUAUUUACCUUUAUGUCACCCAUAAAACGUUGUACACAGGCACGAAGACCCAGCAUUGUUGAAAUUGCUGGUCCAACUCCGGUCUAUAUACCGGAUGUUUUAAAGCCUAGAAAUGCCCACAAUGCCACACCAAUGGGACCACAUUCAUAUAAUGGUUCGGGUACAACAUCAAUUCCCGCGGCAAAUAUUUUUGGAGGUUAUGGUUCAGAUUCAGUGUCCGAUUUUGAUGCCAGUUCCCAGUGUAGUGUCAAUAAUGUAGAUGCUUAA